GAGAGUGGGGGCGGCAGGGCCUGGGGAGUUCCUACCGGUCGUGGGCAGCGGGAGACUCGCUCGCACCCGGGUCGCGAUCGCGUGGCCACGCUCCUGGAAGCCCGCCCGGCACCCUACGCGCCGCCCCCAGACUCCUCUUUCUGCGACUGGAGCGUGAGGUUCGGUGGGGAUCUGUUCAGUGGGGAUCUGAGCACUGCUGAAAACUUUUCUCCUCUCAGCCCCCGUGAGUCUUUUGUCUUGUGCGACUGAGUCCCUGUCCGCUGCCCGGCGCACCGCGCCGGGUGACCACCGAGGGCAGGAGCGCUCCGACUCCGUGAGCCCUAUGGCUGCGGCCGGCGGCCGGGCGACCCGCGGCGGGCACAGCCAGCGGCGCGCCCCCAGCCCAGAGGCCGCCGCCCCCACCCACUUCGGCCCUCCGGCAGCCCUCGCCGCCCGCCCCCUCGCCUGACUCAUCCGCCCGCGGUGGCCGCGCCGAGUCCGCUGCCCGCGCCCCGCCGGGAUGGGGAGGGAGACCGCGGCUGCCCAAGGCUGCGGAGGUUUCUGCUGACGCCCCCAACCCCGCUGCCUCCUGCGCUCUGCUCGGGAGGCGCCCGACGUCCCACCCACUCCGGGAGUGAGAGCCGUGAGAGGCGACUGGACCCGCGAGGCCCCGCGCUCGGGACAGAAUAAAAGACUGAGCUAUGAUAGCAACUGGUGGAGUGAUAACUGGCCUGGCCGCCUUGAAAAGGCAAGACUCUGCCAGAUCACAGCAUCAUGUCAACCUUAGCCCGUCGCCUGCUGCCCAGGAGAAGAAACCAGUCAGGCGUCGACCUCGGGCCGAUGUUGUGGUUGUUCGAGGCAAAAUCCGGCUUUAUUCCCCAUCUGGUUUUUUCCUCAUUUUAGGAGUCCUUAUCUCUAUUGUAGGAAUUGCAAUGGCAGUCCUUGGAUAUUGGCCUCAAAAAGAACAUUUUAUCGAUGCUGAGACGACUUUGUCAACAAACGAAACUCAGGUCAUCCGGAACCAAGGCGGUGUAGUGGUUCGCUUCUUUGAGCAACAUUUGCAUUCCGAUAAAAUGAAAAUGCUUGGCCCUUUCACAAUGGGGAUUGGCAUUUUCAUUUUCAUUUGUGCUAACGCCAUUCUUCACGAGAACCGUGACAAAGAAACCAAAAUCAUACACAUGAGGGACAUCUAUUCUACAGUCAUCGACAUCCACACUCUGAGAAUCAAGGAGCAAAAACACAUGAAUGGCAUCUACACUGGUUUAAUGGGAGAAACGGAAGUAAAGCAGAAUGGGAGCUCCUGUGCUUCGAGACUGGCAGCAAAUACCAUUGCUUCUUUUUCAGGUUUCAGGAGCAGUUUUCGGAUGGACAGCUCUGUUGAGGAGGAUGAGCUCGUGGUGAAUGAAAGCAAGAGUUUUGGGCAUCUCGUGCCGCCUUUGCUCUCUGACAGCUCUGCCUCUGUUUGUGGCCUCUAUCCGCCUCCUUCCAAGACAACUGAUGAUAAAACCAGUGGCCAUAAGAAAUGUGAAACCAAGUCAAUUGUGUCAUCGUCCAUCAGCGCUUUUACAUUACCGGUGAUCAAACUUAAUAAUUGUGUGAUUGAUGAACCCAGUAUAGAUAACAUCACUGAGGAUGCUGAUAACCUCAAAAGUAGGUCAAGGAAUUUGUCAAUGGACUCCCUUAUGGUCCCUUUGCCCAAUCCCAGUCAGCCCUUCCAGCCAGUCAGUCUGAUGCUCCCAAGGAAUAAUUCCGUUGGGGAGUCAUUGUCAAGUCAGUACAAGUCCUCUGUGGCCCUUGGACCUGGAGCUGGACAGCUCUUGUCUCCUGGGGCUGCUAGAAGACAGUUUGGUUCCAACACAUCCUUGCAUUUGCUCUCAUCACACUCCAAAUCCUUAGACUUAGAGCGGGGUCACUCCACAUUAACCGUUCAGGCAGAACAACGAAAACAUCCAAGCUGGCCUCGGUUGGAUCGAAGCAACAGCAAAGGAUAUAUGAAACUAGAGAACAAAGAGGACCCAAUGGAGAGGCUGCUUGUGCCCCAAGCUGCAAUCAAGAAGGACUUUACUAAUAAGGAGAAGCUUCUUAUGAUCUCAAGAUCUCACAAUAAUUUGAGUUUUGAACAUGAUGAGUUUUUGAGUAACAACUUGAAGCGGGGAACUUCUGAAACAAGGUUUUAAUGUGGAAAACAUAUCUUAUUUUACAAGGAUAUAUAUAUUUUAAACCUAUUUUCACUGGUAUUUCCUUGUUAAAAUUUUGGUUACCAACCUUUUUAAUCAAACGGUUUGUAGUAUAUUAGACCUGGCUGCUUAACUGUGUAAUGGAGAUGGUUAUAUGUUUGGAUUACUUAUGAUUGCAAUACUCUGUAUACUACGUGUGAUUUUAUUUUUUCCAAAAGCAUGGUCUCUUUUAUUAAUAUGAAUACAAAAUACUUCCAUCCAAAUUAAAGUUCCUUUUUUUUUUUUUUACUUUAAAGUUCUUUCAUCGAUGAUCAUAUUCUUUCAUCUCGAUGAUCACGCAUAGAGCAAAGUGUCCAAUUUAGAAAAGCCAGGGUACCAAAGUGUGGACUGGAAGUAUAAAUUCAAUGCAAAUCUUAGGUGUCAUUUUCUGAAAAAUUGCUUUAGGAUUGGUUAAAUUUUUAAAAGGCAAAAUAUCUGGCUUCUGUUCAAGCUAAAUAAUUGAAUUGGUUGAACUUGUUUAGUUCUGUGUGCGUAACUGAUAUGAAUUGGUAAAGUUGGUUGUGACUAGUGCCCUGAGCUUUAGGUAGGUUGUAUUUUUUCAACAUCAGUUCUAUUUUAGUGAUAUUUUAUUAAGAAAACAUGUAUUCAAGAGCUAUGGCUGAGAAUGCCAGAUAUUCUUAGGGGUAAGUAUCAAAAUGCUCUUAGCUUUAACUUUAGAUAUUCUGGAUUGAAAUUUCUUUGCAACUGACUUGAAAAAUGAAUGAACCAAUUUAGUGUUUAGAAGUGCUCUCUUGAAAUAAUUAUAUAUAUGAAGAAAAUGUUGACUAAAUGAAUGAAAAUAUAUGCUAGUAAAUGCUAACUAGUCUCAGUAUCUUUCCCUAGCCAUCUCUCUCCUCAUCUAAUAUCCACUCAUUCCUACAUCCUUGUUUUCCCCUAAUAUCUCUUAGUUCCUGUUAUUUGGAAGAAAAUCAGCUAACCUUGACAUUUCUUUUAUCUUUGCAUAUCACUAAGUUGGUGGUUGAAUAAAAUUUAGUCCUUGGUACAUUGCCUUGAAAUUUAUCUUGUUCUAGAAAGCCUUAUGAUAAUUCCAAAGACUUUCUUAUGGUAUAAUAAAUAUUUAGGAUUAGGGUUCUCAGUUAUUGAAGAUAAUAAAUAUUACAAUAGAUUUUCCACCAGGAAAUUUUCAUGGUUUCCAUUAGGGUAACCGAAUUUUAAAAAAUUGUUUAAUGGAACACUCAGGAAAUUUUACAAGUUUUUCUCAAUGUGUAAACAUUUCUGAACAUCAGUAUUGCAGCUGUAGAAGAGGAAAAGGAAGAUAUCUCUGUAUUUGUAAUUCCCCACAAUCCCACCUUGUAUUGGCAUCAUGAACUUCCCUGGAUUGAGGCACAGUGUUAAUUGUUAGAACAUCAAGCCUGUGUAUUGUAAUAGUGUGGGCUUAAUAUUUUAUGAUAAAGCAUUUAAUAAACCUCCAGUCUUAAUAU